CGCAAGCACUGGCGUAAUCGGCGCCACGUGGCGGGCACGGUGGGCCCCACCACACCCCCACCCCACUGCCCCCUAUAAACUUGAGAGACUCUUCUUCCUCCCUCCUUACGGCGACUCAUCUGCUUCUUCUUCCGCUACGCUUGUGGGCACGAUGAGAAGGGCGACCAUUCUUGUACUGCUCAUUGCACUCUCAUCUGUUAUUGCUCCCCUUCCAUUGGAAGCUCUCAAUGUAAGAGGCCAUCUACUGAAAUCCAAGACAUUUCUGUCUCCGGCAUUCUUCCUGCACCCUGGAUCAGUUUCAAACAAGUUCUACUAUGAUGUCCCCUUCCCUAGAGGCCACCUUGCUCUCAAGAGCUUUAAUGCUGAAGUCGUAGACGAGAAUGGCGUCCCUGUUCCGCUCCAUGAUACUUACCUGCAUCACUGGGUUGUGGAACCAUACUAUGCUUUAAAGAACAGUGAUAGCGCAGACGCGCAAAAGCUACCCAAGGGGAUCAUUGCAAGGAACUCUGGUGUGUGCAAGAAAACAUUAGGCCAGUACUACGGCCUUGGUUCUGAGACUCGCCAUACUGCCACAUGGGUACCUGAUCCUUACGGCAUAGAGAUUGGUAAUCCGGAGAAGCCCCCUGAAGGAUAUGAGGAGAAAUGGUUGAUCAAUGUGCAUGCCAUUGACACAAGGGGUGCGAUCGACAAGCUAGGAUGCACUGAGUGCAAGUGUGAUCUUUACAACAUGACGAUCGACGAGUAUGGGCGCAAACUCCCAAAGGACUACAUUGGUGGUUUAUAUUGCUGCUAUGAUGAGACGCAGUGCAAGGUUAAGGAAGGUUUCAACGGUGAGCUACGGAAGCUGUUCUUGCGGUACACUGUGACGUGGCUUGACUGGAGUGAUGCGGUUGUGCCAGUCAAGAUUUACAUAUUUGAUGUUACUGACACUUCUCCGCCUGAUGAAAAAUCCGGAACUGCCUGCAAGGUUGAGUACCAAGUUGAGGAAUGCAGUCCAGAAAACCGGGCCAAGAAUGAGUGCAUUGAUGUUAAAGUAACCAAAGAAGUAAUACCCUGUGGAGGCGAUAUCGUGUUUGGUGUCGCGCAUCAGCAUUCAGGUGGAAUUGGUGCCUCUUUACACGGCCAGGAUGGACGUCUGCUUUGUGCAUCGAUUCCGAGCUAUGGCAAGGGGGAAGAGGCUGGCAAUGAAGAUAACUACAUCGUCGGCAUGUCAACAUGCUACCCGAAGCCGGGAUCAGUCAAGGUCAGUGAUGGCGAGGUGCUGACCGUCGUCUCCAACUACAGCAGUGACCGCCAGCACACCGGCGUCAUGGGCCUGCUCUACAUCCUUGUUGCAGAGCAAGAACAGCCAGCUCCCAAGCCUGCUCUGUGCUUCAGCUUCCCGGUUCCAUGGUGCUUACCGACAUGGCUGACGAGCAAUCUCUGAAUGUUCAAGUUGGACCUGAAGAAGAUGAUGCAUAGAUGUAAGCAAAUAAGUUGCCUGGGUUUUUUUGUUGAACUAUGGCAGACCAUAGGAGUAGUUUGCUGUGUCAUUUUGAUGAACCAUCAGUAGUUUCUGAUGAUCUGUGGCACUACGGCACUAAUAUAUCAAACUGGGUCAUAUACAAGGGCAUUGGCAGACAUCUUUCUCCAAAUAAUAGUAUUACUCUGAAGAAGCUAGUGAAAACUGGGAACCAGAUGUACAAUCUCUUGUACUGUUGUACUGUUAUAUACUGGUGUAUACAGUAUUUAUGUAUAUGGUUUUUAGGUAAUGGAAUGAAUAGUUAUAUACUGGCUUAUGUAUGCAUGUAA